CAUCAACCUUAGCAGUGGAAGGAUGGUGAGCCCGAACGCACCCACAGUUCACUCGCUUGUAUCGACCAAGCCGGGCAGGAAGUACCAAGCAUCAUGCCACUGCCAACUCGUCCGCUACACCGUCACACUAUCACCAGGUCUCGACGACCUUGACAGUUGGGUCGUUGAGUGCAAUUGUUCAAUCUGUAGUCGGAAUGGCUAUUUGAAUGUCUAUGUUCAGAACGAGUGUAUCGAGUUUGAGGGUAUGGGAUUGGAGAGUGAGCUCGUAGAGAAAUACCGUUUUGGGAAACAACGGGUUCAACACUACUUUUGUAGUCGAUGUGGUUGUAGUCUCAUGGCUGAGAGUAUCGAACCGGGCUUCUAUGAUGGCGUGAAAGCGUUGAAUGUCCGCAUGUUCGAAGGAAUUGACUUCAACACGCUGCAGAGACGGGAAGUCGACGGGAGAGCUCUAUAAGAUGAUAGAUAAGGAGUAUGGUAUUACAUGGUGCGUGUACUAAGCACACAUGGGUUCGACAGUAGUCGGACACUGAGAGGAUUUCCAGGCCUCUGAUUAUCUCAUUACGCGUUGAAACAGCC